UUCAAAAGAAUACAUUCAUUGUUGUCAAGGCAACUUCACGGAAUGUUUACAUGCAACUCCAUGCAAAGUGGAAUGUUCAGUGAACUUCUCAGUCUAAUUUCAGACAUCAAAGAGAACAGCUGCAAAAUAUGAAGCUCCUGAGACUUUUGUGCUGCUUUUGCCCACCGGUGCCUGCUGAGGAGGGAGAGAUAGGUGAUGUGGCCAUGUCAAGGGCCCAGGCACUGGGCAAGAAGGGCAAGAAGAAAGCCAACCCCAGCAAGAAGAAGAUGAGGAAGGAGGCCAAGAGGCUGAAACACCAGAUGAUUGAUAUGAAGAAAAAAGAGGUCAUGAUGGAUAUGGAAAAGCCUAUGGAUAUGGUGGAGGUAGCUAAGGAGGCAGCUGAUGCAGGCUCAAAGGCCCUACAGCAGCCAACAACUACCGCCAACCUGACUACUGGGGCUGAGGAGCCGGUGGAGAAAGUGACCCGUGAAACCAUGCUGGAUCAUGGUGAGAUGGAUGGGGCUGGUAGUGUUAGCUCCUCCUCCACCCCAUGUGAUCUAUUAGCCACCCUGAACUCUGUGGCCAGCGCUGAUGGUGACAUAGUGGCUUUGCUGGAUCACCUGAAAGCGGCCAAUAUGACACACAUGGCUAUUGAGAGCAGACCUGGACUGCGGCAGCCCGCUGCUCGUGUCAACGUGGACAGACCUGGACUACGGCAGCCCGCUGCUCGCGGCGUCAACAUGGACAGACCUGGACUACGGCAGCCCGCUGCUCGAGUCAAUGUGGACAGACCUGGACUGCGUCAGCCCGCUGCUCGAGUCAAUGUGGACAGACCUCAACUGCGGCAGCCUGCUGCUCGAGUCAAUGUGGACAGAGAGAGCCCCAUGGAGGGAGAGCCUGCCCUCCGCCAGCCCAAAGCUCACCUCGGACUGGACACUGGGCCUGAGAGGAUGAUCCCGAAAGAGACCUUCUUGGAUCAUCCUCAGGCAGAUGGGUCCAUGGUGAAUGGUCGUGUCGAGGCCGUGAUUGAUCAUCCCAGUUUGUCAACUGACACUGCAGAUGACUCGGGAUCUGGUGAUUCACCAUGCUUGCUCAGGAAGAUGAGCAAAGAGGACUGUGACCAAAGCCAGUCAGACCUCAACAAAGACAGAGCGCAGCUGGCCGAGGGUGGCAGUGAGAGGUGCCCAUCUCCAGAACUCUGUGAACAUCAGGUCCUGCAGCAGCCAGAGAUGGGAUUGACUGCCGCUGUUACUGGAGAGAUGUCAGCUGGAGGAGGAGAGGAGGAUGAAGCUGAGAACCAGGCCUAAUGGACAUCUGAAUUCACACACACACACACACACACA